UUACUCUAGACAGGUGGAGCGCCCCUCCCGUUUCCUCUAAACGGGGGCUUGUAGCUUCAAAGGGGAAAGAGGGGAGGGGGGUAUAGUGGAAAAGGCAAGGAGGCCGAGGUACGCUCGUUGAAUAGUCAUAAAGGAGAUGGAUGCCUCGAGGCUUGACUUUUGAGGACCAAUUCAUUGCGAGUUGAAUCUAAAUCAAUCGCCUGACAAGAUGCGGUCGUCGUUUUUCAUCCCUCUCCUGGCGGCGACGAGCUAUGUAAGGGCGCACGUCCCAAAGCUUGGCGCAGAUGGCAAAUACACUAUCAGCUCUCCUAGCAUCAAAGCGCAGUUCAUCCCAUACGGCGCUACUCUCACAAACCUCUUUGUCAAGGACAAGGACGGUAAGGAUGUUGAUGUUGUUCUCGGUUAUGAUGACAUAGCAUACUACCCCAAGGACCCGGGCCACCCGGUCUACAAUAGCAUACCAGGUCGUUACGUGAACAGGAUUGGUCAUGGUACCUACAGCAUCGACAACAAGACAUACAAGACUGAGCUAAACGAUGGUACCAACACGUUGCACUCUGGAACAAACAAUUGGUCUUACCGGACGUGGAACGUAACGGCGGCGACAAAUGAGUCCAUCACAUUUUCAAUCCGCGAUGAACCAAACUCAGAGAAAGGGAUGCCAGGUCUGAUCUUGGCCAACGUCACGUACAGCGUCUGCGGUGACAAAUGGAGCAUCAAGAUGGACGCAGUGUCGCCUACUGUCAAAUCACCUCUUAUGCUCACGCAUCACACGUACUUCAACCUUGAUGCCUACAAAAACCCUGAUACUGUCAAGAUUUGGAACCAUACACUAUACAUGCCAUACUCGAAACGGUAUCUGGUAGCGGAUGACGGAGCUCUGCCGACCGGCAAGAUCGCAACGGCAGGGGCGAAUAGCAUCAACGAUUUUGCCAGUGUACCCGACUUAUCCCUCGGUCAUGCGCAGAAGCUUGCAGGUUUCUCUAGCAACUGCGGAGGAGGAGGCGCGUGCGAGGGUUACAAUGGCUAUUUCUUGAUCGAAGAUGCCCCUGCUGACGCGGCAGUCGUCACCCUGGCCAGCCCCUUCUCAGGCAUCAAGGCAGAGCUCCGGACCGAUCAGCCCGGUGUGGUCAUUUAUAGUUGCAACUGGUUCGAUGGCACGGCAGAUCUCAAGAGCACGCAGGGGACAAGUAGGAAUAAGAAGGUGGUGCGAAGUUCGUGUGUCGCAAUCGAGGCACAAGACUAUGUGGACGGAAUUAAUCAUCCGGAAUGGGGACGAAGGAAUACCCAGAUUACGGGGCCAGGUCAGAAGUACUCGUGGGAGAGUUCGUGGACUUUUACCACCCUAUAGGAUGUCGGUUAUAGAUUGUAUAUAGGGCCAAGAAGAUACGCGAAACCUGAAACCAAACGUUGAAGCUCGUCACGACUGAAACGGAAUUGGAUGACUAUUGAAUUGGAAUCGGCGGCGUAUUCGUGAAAUCUCUUUCGGCCAUGUUUGCGCGGGCGCGUAGUCUCG